AUGGACACCAACACAGUUACCAAAGGCGCGGGGAACGCAACAGCGAGCAAUUCAUCCAGCUCGCUGGGUGUGGCGGUCUCGCCGCCCAUGGAAAGGAACAAUUCCCAAUCCAGUAUUCACAAGCCCAGUCACAUUGCUGCCCAUCGACAAAGCUUCGCCGAGAACCAGAGACACCCCCCGCCGUCACCGCGCAACCAUCGCCACCCGUCCCUGACGCAGCAGGCGCUUCUAGAGCUCAUGAAUCACCCCCCAACAAACAGACACCCGAAUCCUCGCUAUGCUGGGAGGGACUGGCGAGAUAUCACUGUCGGAGAGCUUGCGGUGCCCGAGGACGUGAGGUGGGCUGACCUAGACCUCAGCGUUCAGGAUGCUACCAUGCUGCUCCUCAAGCAAAACCCGACUAAUGUUGUCCUGGUGCGUGAGACGCCCUCGUCCCAGGAAGUCGUCACGACAUUCGACUACUCCGACCUGAAUGCAUACUUGCUGGUGGUUGUCGGCCUCGCGAACCCCGACGAGGAAAACGUCACUUUGUACAACGACAUCUCGAGGAAGGCCCAGGCGCAAGAAGACAUACCCCUGCGAGAGAUUCAGUCGCUUUCGCGGAAAGAGGAGUUGGUGGCAGUAUCAGCAGAUGAUUACUUGGACAGGGCGAUGGAAGCGUUUGGUAGUGGGAUUCACCGGAUCCUAAUCACCAGCCAGGCUGGGGAAGUGAUUGGUGUUCUCAGCCAGCUACGCCUCGUCGAAUUCUUCUGGAACGAAGCGGUCAACUUCCCCGCAAUUGAGCGGUUAUAUGGGAGUCUCCUCCGGGACCUUCAGAUCGGUACACAGCAGAUCAUUGCCAUCAACCUCGAUCGUCCUUUAACCGACGCUCUCUUACUGAUGCACAACGAGGGGCUGACAUCGGUGGCUGUGGUCGACCAAGGCCUGAAUGUGGUCGGUAACAUCUCAUCCGUCGACGUCAGGCUUCUCACAAACGCAGCCAGCCUGCCGCUUCUCAAGAGCUCAUGCAUGAAUUUCAUCAGUGUGAUUCUCUCAGAGCGCGGCAUGGAACACGGCCGCGACUCGUUCCCCGUGUUCCACGUCAACCCGUACUCGACCCUCGGCCACACCGUCGCCAAACUCGUCGCCACCAAGUCUCACCGCAUGUGGGUUGUCGAGUCCGCCUCACCAUCACCAAGCGCCCCUGCAACGCCGCUGCUCCAACCGAGCCAGCCGGCCGGGGCCCCGUUUGCGCCGACCACCGGCGUGGACGGGCCCACCCCGUCAGGCAACGUGGUCAUGCCGCCAUCGCCAGCCAAUGCCCCGGCACCACCCUCUCCGCUCCCCAACCAGACCUUCACAACGACCGUCAUACCCAGCGGGCUGCCCGGCGCGCGGCUGUCCGGCCGGCUGACGGGUGUCGUGUCCAUGACGGACAUCUUGAAUCUCUUCGCCAAGUCGAGCGGCCUCCGUCCGUCAGAUCCAUCGGAACAGCGGGCGAGGAGGCGCCGGAGCUCGAGUUCGUCGGUGCGGCCAAGCCUAGACAGCGCGAGGGCCAGCAUCGACUUUAGGAGCAAGAGCGCCGCAUAUGGAUGGCAAUACACAAGCAACUACGAAUACAACUAG